AUGUAUAACUAUCCUGAAUUGGCAUAUGUUCUAAUGGGGAAUUCCAAAACCAACUUUUUCCAAUUGAUAGCGUUUGUAUCGAGUAUCAUCAAUCCCUGUAAGAUCUACAUAACAUGGGAUGCUGAAACUAUGCCAUCAUUGAAUAGUUUUAAGAUUGUGGAUGGUCAACUACAUCUGAUUCUUAAUCCCAAUUCGGUAUUUAUAUCCAAUCAUCAAAUCUACACUGAUUGGGUGUUCCUUUGGUUCAUAAACUAUUCCGCUGAUAUGAGUGAUAAGGUGUUUAUAUUUUUGAAGGAUUUAUCCAAGAUUCCUAUUUUGGGUAGUGGGAUGAAGGUGUUUAAUUUCAUAUAUUUAUCACGGAAAUGGGAAAAGGAUAAGAUUGUCAUGACCAAUAAAUUAUUGCAUAUUGAUGCCAAUGCUAGAGGAUUAGGUCCAGAUACGGGAGUAAAGAAAUUACAUUCGUUUACGUCGUCAUCAUCGUCGUCGUCAUCAUCGUCGUCGUCAUCAUCGUCGUUGUCGUCGUCGUCAUCGUCUACACGUAUAGUUAGUUGGCCUAAAGGGUUGAGACCUGAGAAACUGCUUCCUUACUCGUUCAUCCUUUUCCCUGAGGGGACGGUGGUUUCCGAAAACACUAGAAAUAGAUCAGAUACCUUUUGUAAGGGUAAGGGACUUGCACCCUUGAAACACGUAUUGUUACCCCGUGCUCGGGGGUUAAUGCAUCUGCUUAGAAUGUUAGAUCAAUCGAUCCUGGUAGUAUACGAUGUUACUACUGGAUACAGUGACUUGAAAGCAACUGAAUGUGGUGAAGAAAAAUAUAGUUUAAAACGGUACUUUUUAUUGGGCUACAGCCCUGCUUCGGUGCAUUUUUAUUUCCAACUGAUAAACAUUAAGGAUAUACCAUUGGGAGACCUCAGUGUUGAUAUUGAUGAUCUACCAUCUGAGGUGACUCAAGAAUUUGAAAAUUGGCUUUUUAAAUUGUGGUACGAGAAAGAUACCAGAAUGGAACAUUUCUUUAAGUAUGGCACGUUUGAAGACAACAAUACAAAAACGGUGGUAGCAGAUUUCAAACUAAGAAAGUUUGUUGAAGGCUUUUAUCCGUUCACAGCAGCUGCAUUGACGUUGUUGCUUCUUCGUUUGGUGUUUGUAUUUGUGGGUGGGUUUGUUUCAAACAAGCGAUAG